GGGCGCAGCCGGCGGCGCGGGAGCUCCAUGGAGGAGGCGGCGGCAGCAGCAGCGGCAGCAGCAGCAGAUGCGGCGGCGCGGCCCUGCCUCCCCUAGCCGCCGCUCUCCGGCCGCACUGCGCGGGGGCUGUCGCUAGCGCCCCGCCGGCGAGAUGGCCGGGCCCCGGCGGGCGGCGGGCGGCGAGGCGGGCGGCGGGCAGGCCAUCGUCUGGCGCAACGUGCUGCUGAUGGGGCUGCUGCACCUGGGCGCCGUCUACGCGCUCAGCCUGGUGCCGCGGGCCCAGCUCCUCACCCUCCUCUGGGCCUAUUUCUGCUUCCUGAUGACAGCCCUGGGGGUGACAGCUGGUGCCCAUCGCCUCUGGAGCCACCGCUCCUACAAAGCCAAGCUGCCUCUGCGCAUCUUCCUGGCUGCAGCUAACUCCAUGGCUUUCCAGAACGACAUCUACGAGUGGAGCCGGGACCACCGGGUGCACCACAAGUACUCGGAGACGGACGCGGACCCGCACAACGCCCGGCGCGGCUUCUUCUUCGCCCACAUCGGCUGGCUCUUCGUGCGCAAGCACCGCGACGUCAUCGAGAAGGGCAGGCAGCUGGACUUCACCGACCUGCUGGAUGACCCUGUGGUCAGGUUCCAGAGGAAGUAUUACAAGAGCUCCGUGGUGCUGAUGUGCUUCGUGAUCCCCACGGUGGUGCCGUGGUGCCUGUGGGGCGAGAGCCUGUGGAACGCCUACUUCCUGGCCUCCAUCCUGCGCUACACCAUCUCCCUCAACGUCACCUGGCUGGUCAACAGCGCCGCCCACAUGUACGGCACCCGCCCCUACGACAGGCACAUCAACCCCAGGCAGAACACCCUGGUCACCCUGGGAGCCAUCGGUGAAGGUUUUCACAACUACCACCACACCUUCCCGUUUGACUACUCAGCCAGCGAGCUGGGCAUGGCCUUCAACCCCACCACCUGGUUCAUUGACUUCAUGUUUUGGCUGGGGCUGGUCACUGACCGCAAGCAGGCUCCCAGGGAGAUGGUCCAGGCGCGCAAGGAAAGGACUGGAGAUGGCAGUGCUUGAAGAAGAGCUGCAGCAGCGCCGUGGGUGGGUGUGCUGCACCCCUCUGCCUCUGCUGGCUUCCUUCUCCUCUGGGUAAAAAUUACUUUGGGCUGAAUGACUUCCCCAGGAACAAGUUCAGUCCCCAGCUUUGUUCUUUUUGUUGUUGUUAGGUUAUUUUUUUCCUUACUAGCUGUCUUCUGUCCAAACUUCAGCCUAUUCAGUGUGAAACUGUUACCUAUUAUUUAAUAUUCUAGUGAAACAGGAGGGAGGUUUGAGUUUAGUCCCUGUAGUUCAUGUCUGAAAUAUGUUGUAAGUUGCUUGCUCGUGGCAAACACUGGUGGGUUGCAGGAGCCAUCCAAGAGAGGCUUAUUGCUGCUGUGAAAUCAAACCUGCUUUGGAGGUGCAUCUCAGAGGGGAUGGGGCAGGGCCCAAUGUGCUGUUUCAGCUCCAGACCGGUGGGAAGGACAGGGACAGCACUGACAGAAACAAGAAUAUCCCAGGGGUGAAAAGAAAGGAGCCCAAACUAGGUGAGAUGUCAGUUUGAACACCUCCUUUCUUCGUUCUGUUACCCUGCCAGCCAGCCCACGGCGCUGCUGUCCAUGCUAGGUCUGAAACCCAUUGGUUGCUGAGCAGGCUUUGUGUCGAGGAUCAAUCUCUAUCUGGGCCAAAGCACCCAGCUGAUGCUGUGCUGAGAUGAUUCCCCUGUUGCAUCCACGUUGUAAUUUGUAAAGGUCUAGAGCUCAGCCAUGUCUUUAAGCCAAAUAAAGCUUUGGUUUUGCUGUUUGGAAGCCUGAGUUAUAUUCCAGUCGGUCAUGGCCAUUGCUGCAUGCAUAUUUUAGCUCCUUUUGCACAAGAGGCCUCUUCCUUUCUUUGCUGUUUUGGUUUUUUCCUGCCUUGGACUUGAUUAUAAAAAAAUGCUCUUUAAGUGAAAAAAAUGCUCUUUGUUUAAGUGAGAGUCUCUGCUAAUACUUCAGCUGCAUGCAACAUCCGUUGGUUUCUGAGCAAAAAAAAUAUAGAAAGGCAUUUCUGUAGGUUCUGAAUUUUAACAGUUGCCUUGUUUAAAAAAAAUAUAGAAAAAGAGAAAAAAAAGGGGGGAAAAAAGGUAAAAAAGAAAAAAAAAAGAAAAAAGGAAUGAAAGGAGUUGAAAAAAGGCAUCACGUGGAAGGAAUGGGAGGUGUAGCCCUUUAGGUGUUUGCCAGUGCAAGAGGGAGGCUUUGUACUGUCAGCCCUAGGGCACUUUGGCAGCUGGGGGGCUUGGCUUCCUGUUCUGAGAGGGUCACUGCCUUGCCCCUCCUUGUAGAUUGAGUGCCCAGGAGUGCCCACGGCCCCCACUGGGUCAGACAGGGACCUGCAGGUACCUGAGAGUCAGGCCUAGGGGGGUUCAGGAAAGAUGUACAACUUGGGGUGUUCAGGAAGGAUGUACAACUUGGGGUGGGAUGAAGGGAAGAUGUACAACUUGGGGUGUUCAGGAAGGAUGUACAACUUGGGUGGGAUGAAGGGAAGAUGUACAACUUGGGUGGGAUGAAGGGAAGAUGUACAACUUGAGGUGGGAUGAAGGGAAGAUGUACAACUUGGGGUGUUCAGGAAGGAUGUACAACUUGAGGUGGGAUGAAGGGAAGAUGUACAACUUGAGGUGGGAUAAAGGGAAGAUGUACAACUUGGGGUGUUCAGGAAGGAUGUACAGCUUGGGGUGGGAUGAAGGGAAGAUGUACAACUUGGGGUGGGAUGAAGGGAAGAUGUACAACUUAGGGUGGGAUGAAGGGAAGAUGUACAAGUUAGGGUGGGAAGAAGGGAAGAUGCACAACUUGGGGUGUUCAGGAAAGCUGUACCACUUGGAGUGGGAUGAAGGGAAGAUGUACAACUUGGGGUGUUCAGGAAAGCUGUACCACUUGGAGUGGGAUGAAGGGAAGAUGCACAACUUGGGGUGUUCAGGAAAGCUGUACCACUUGGAGUGGGAUGAAGGGAAGAUGCACAACUUGGGGUGUUCAGGAAAGCUGUACCACUUGGAGUGGGAUGAAGGGAAGAUGUACAACUUGGGGUGUUCAGGAAAGCUGUACCACUUGGAGUGGGAUGAAGGGAAGAUGCACAACUUGGGGUGUUCAGGAAAGCUGUACCACUUGGAGUGGGAUGAAGGGAAGAUGCACAACUUGGGGUGUUCAGGAAAGCUGUACCACUUGGAGUGGGAUGAAGGGAAGAUGUACAACUUGGGGUGGGGUGAAGGAAAAAAAACCCUACCCCUGAAAAUGGUUUCUUUUUCUUUGUUCUGUUUCUUCUUUUUCAAAUGAUGCCAUAUGAUAUAACAGAGUUGUCUUUAUUCUGUAUGUCAUCCAGCAGGUGUUUUGACAGUGUUACUUUGCCAUUACUGAUGUGUAAACUCUGGAGUGAUUUCCAAUAAACAGUUACCAGUU